AUGGAGACCCACGUCCGGGUCGUGGCUCGAUUCAGACCCCCAGUCACGGACGAAGAGUUCAACGACCAGCCGGUCUUUUUGCUGCGUCCAGGCGACAACUCCAAUGCCAUUGACAGUGGAGUGGCAGAAAAUGCCACAGUGGAGUCUCAGGAUGGGCGAUGGACCUUUGAAUUCGACACAGCGUUCAGUGAAGAGGCAAGCCAGCACGUGGUUUAUGAUCGAAUUGGCCAUCCGGCCGUGCAGGACGUUCUGGCGGGCCAGACACCCGAAAACCGGAUCUAUCAUAUCUUAAAAUGCUAG